CUUCGCCCGCCGGCCUCCGCGUCCCAGAAUCCAAGAUGGCGGGCUCCUGGCAAAGGGGUCUCCAGGCCGGAGCUCGGCCGUUUCUCUGCGCCCUGCUCCUGUCGCUCAGCCGGUUGGGCGGAGGCGACGGCAUGGGAGGCCACCCUGCAGCCGCCGGCGUCGCGGGUACCCCGGCCGCGCAGCCACAUCGCCGUUUCGAGUACAAAUACAGCUUCAAGGGGCCGCACCUGGUGCAAAGCGACGGGACCGUGCCCUUCUGGGCCCACGCGGGGAAUGCUAUUCCAAGUUCAGAUCAGAUUCGAAUAGCUCCAUCAUUAAAAAGCCAAAGAGGGUCAGUGUGGACAAAGACAAAAGCAGCCUUUGAGAACUGGGAAGUGGAGGUGACAUUUCGAGUGACAGGAAGAGGUCGAAUAGGAGCCGAUGGCCUAGCAAUUUGGUAUACAGAAAAUCAAGGCUUGGAUGGCCCUGUGUUUGGCUCAGCAGAUAUGUGGAAUGGUGUUGGAAUAUUUUUCGAUUCUUUUGACAAUGAUGGAAAGAAAAAUAAUCCUGCUAUAGUAAUUAUAGGCAACAAUGGACAGAUACAUUAUGACCAUCAAAAUGAUGGUGCUAAUCAAGCUUUAGCAAGUUGCCAAAGGGACUUUCGUAAUAAGCCCUAUCCUGUCCGGGCUAAGAUUAUAUACUACCAGAGAACACUGACAGUAAUGAUAAAUAAUGGCUUCACACCAGAUAAAAAUGAUUAUGAAUUUUGUGCAAAAGUGGAAAAUAUGGUUAUUCCUGCCCAAGGGCACUUUGGGAUAUCUGCUGCAACAGGGGGUCUUGCAGAUGACCAUGAUGUCCUUUCUUUUCUGACUUUCCAAUUGACUGAGCCUGGAAAAGAACCACCUACACCAGAUAAAGAAAUUUCAGAAAAAGAAAAAGAAAAGUAUCAAGAGGAAUUUGAGCACUUUCAACAAGAAUUGGAUAAAAAAAAGGAGGAAUUCCAGAAGGGCCACCCUGACCUUCAAGGGCAGCCUGCGGAAGAAAUAUUUGAGAGCGUAGGAGAUCGUGAGCUAAGACAAAUCUUUGAAGGACAGAAUCGUAUUCAUCUUGAAAUCAAGCAGCUGAACCGACAGUUAGAUAUGAUUCUUGAUGAACAGAGAAGAUAUGUCUCUUCCUUGACAGAGGAGAUCUCUAAAAGAGGAGCAGGAAUCACAGGGCAGCCUGGGCAGGUCAUGCAACAAGAAGUGGAUACAGUUGUGAAAACUCAGCAUGAGCUUCUGAGACACGUAAAUGAAAUGAAGAAUUCCAUGAGUGAAACCCUCAGACUGGUCAGUGGAAUACAGCAGCCCAGCUCCGCAGGAGGCGCCUAUGAGACCACGCAGCACUUCAUUGACAUCAAAGAGCACCUGCACUUAGUGAAGAGGGACAUAGAUAACUUGGUGCAGCGAAAUGCGCCAUCAAAUGAAAAGCCAAGAUGCCCAGAACUACCGCCAUUUCCAUCAUGUUUAUCUACAAUCCACUUUGUUAUAUUUGUGGUGGUACAAACGGUGUUAUUCAUCGGUUACAUUAUGUAUAGGACUCAGCAAGAAGCAGCUGCCAAAAAAUUCUUUUGACCACCAUUUUCAUAUGUGUACAUCUCAUAUGUACGUACAAAAUGUUGUCUUUUUGAGGGGGUUUAAGUAUUUAAAUUGCUUCAUCGUCUAAAUUAUUACAUUUUGUAUAAAAUAACUGUCUCAACAUUGAUUUGCCAUAAGAAUAAACCUUCAAAGACAACCACAUGUACAUUUGUUCAUGGUACAUACAUCUGUUUAAAUGUCAGUGGAUUUCUGGUCAGUAGAAUUCAGCCACUGAGCAGAAUACUGGAAAAUAAGAAGGUGAAUCGGAAAAUGGGGACAGUCCCUGGAUAUGCGUGUUAGCCCAGUCUCCAGUAUUGGAGGCUUCUUUAUUUAAUACAAACACACUUGCCCUGCAGCUUCCCGGAGUAAGAGUUCUCCACAAGGUUUAUUUUAUAACCAAAGUAUUUUUUAGAGAUCAAAAUUUCCUAAUAAGACCCAGUCCUGCGGUCCUUUCAUCUUAAUAUAGUUCCCUUUGAAAGCAAAGAAUAUUUGGUCUGAGAACUUUAGGAUCUGGGUAUAUAGACUUCAGAAUGUUCAUUGAAAUGUACACCAUGAAAUGUUCCUGUUCGUCAGUGGCAUAUUUCACUUUUAGAGGAAGUUUUGGAGGAAAAUGAAGAGCUGCUUCUUACCUAACAAACCAUGUAGGUGAACACAUUCCCGUGCUGAUGGUCCGUAUGGCUGUCCUGCCUGGCAAUGUAGUCACUUCAUGAUGGCCUGUGUUUUCCAAUGUCUUCAUUCCAGUGAUGUCAGUUUAGUAUUAUGAAAAUAAUUUUUGUAUUAUAUGUGUAAUUUAAGGAAUUUUGUCAUUUUGUACAGCAUGGAAAUUCAGCUCAGAUUAUACGUUCCGUGGAUAUUUUAAGUUCAUCAAAGCUACCACUACAUUGCUCCAUGCAGCGCGGAGUUUGUGACUGUUUGCACACACUUAGGAAGGCUGUAGUAGACGCAGUUUUAAGGGUUUUGAAGGCAGAAUUCAAAAAAUAAGUAAAUAUUUCUAACUUUUUUCCUUUUAACUCCAGAAGCAAAGAUAUUGUGAACCACUUCUAGUAAACAUAACCCUGAAAUGUCAGACUGGGAGGGCUUUUUAUGGUCUUUGUAUUUCUAGGUAUUACUGAAGCAGUCUGUAAAUGACAUUUAAGAUGCAGAUUUAUGUUUGUUUCACCACUGAUGUAGACUGAUUUUUGCUGGCUUCAAAAUAGUCUUUUAUCUCUUUUAGCUGAAGUCGUCUUUCAUUUGCCGUAGAAUGGCAAAUACCAUUUAUGAAAUAAUACUAUUAAUUUCUUUCAAACCUUCCUAAGUUUGCACUCAAAUGUCAUUUACAGAUUAGACUGAAGCCCUAAAAUCUGUACAGACCCUGUGAAGAACCCUGUGCUGUGGCGAUCCCUAACUGGCGCCGUGUGCAGCGUCUCCCCUACUCUCUGUGCGAGCAUUAUCCUAGCGCGCCGAGAGCCUGUGCUGGUGGUGAUUGGCUCUGCUUCAGUCCCUUGAGCGUGGGAAAUGCUUCUCCAGUGUUUUCCCUUUGUACUGUUAACCUUUCUUUUUCUGUUUGUUAGGUUUUUGUUUUUUUUUUCAGUUUGCUAGAGGGUGUGUACACUCACUAGAGAGAGAGAGAGAGAGAAGGAGGGUGAGACACAUACCCCAGUGGGGGGGUGGCCAAGCCACAGUCCCUUCUCCAUCUCUUCCUCCUUUGGGGAUUUUGCCAUCACACCUGCCUAGCAUGCUUCUUAAGCCAGGACUCGAACUGCAA